AUGGUGUUAAUACGUGUAUGUAGGCUCAACAAAUGUCACUUAACGUAAGCAUAUUAUGGAAUUAGCUCUGUUAGGGUGUGGAGUUCAACAACAGGCUGACUAAUCAUGUUUGCAGUUAGCUUAAAUCGACCUUGUUGACACGUAAAUUAAAGGCAAGGAAUUAAAAGGAUACGUUAAUACAUACAGGGGUGAUUCUGUAGAAUAAGGAUAAUAAAGGGAUUGAUUUGUAAAAUUAUCAAAAGUAGUGGACAUACCGGUCGAACCGGUGGGCCGGUCGGCGAGAAUUACGCUGUAAAAAAUCUUUAAAAAGCAAAGAAAAAACACAUAACGAGGAGUUAUCAGAGGAGGAGAAGCGCACAGUACAAACCAUAGAGUCGAUCCACCCCAUGGCUUAGAUGAACGGUGAGUUGACUUCUUUCCGAUAUUGAUCCAAUCAUCUCUCGCCACGUCAUAGGUUUACUGCGUCCCUUGUAAUCCAUACCCUGAACCGGCACCUUCUCUGUCUCUCCCCCCCCCAUCGAAAAACCUAAUUCCGCCGGCGGCGAAUCCUCCCGGAAAAAAACUCUGACAGAUUGAUAACGGUGAUGCUGAUGGGAUGAUGAUGACGAUUUCAGUCGAGAACCAUAAUGAAAUGGGUGAAACCUCUGGUCAAGCAAUGAUUGAGCAAGACGAUGAAAACCAUAACGAGAUAGGUGAAAGUUCUAAUCAAGAAAUGCCUCUUGAGCAAGACGAGAAGGUUGAUCCGGACUCUAUCCCUCUGGCAGUUUCUGAUAUGGCCGAGGAGGAGGUUCAAGGUGGUGAUGAGCCUUAUGUUGGGCAGGAGUUCGAGUCUGAAGCAGCAGCACAUGGGUUUUAUAACGCUUACGCUACAAAAGUAGGGUUCGUCAUCCGUGUUAGCAAACUCUCACGGUCGAGACAUGAUGGAUCUCCCAUAGGAAGGCAGCUUGUUUGCAACAAGGAAGGGUACAGGUUGCCUAGCAAGCGUGACAAGGUUAUUAGACAAAGAGCGGAGACAAGGGUUGGGUGUAGAGCAAUGAUCUUGAUUAGAAAAGAAAAUUCUGGUAAAUGGGUUAUCACAAAGUUUGCCAAGGAGCAUAACCAUCCUUUGAUGCCUGGAAGAGUUCGAAGGGGUUGCAUCUAUGAUCAGUAUCCGAAUGAGCAUGAUAAAAUUCAGGAGCUGAUGCAGCAGCUAGCUGCAGAGAAAAAGAGAGCUGCGACUUACAAGAGGCAUCUGGAGAUGCUCUUUGAACAGAUUGAGCAGCACAAUGAAAGUCUUACUAAGAGAAUCCAGCACAUAGUAGACAAUGUGAGGGAUCUGGAACAGAGAGAUCAUCAACAGAACCAAGUAUAGUCUCUUUUUUUUUAUUUGUCUCAGGUUAAAUUUAGGAGAUAGAUCGUCUCUUCUUUAUCCCCCCCAUUCUCUGAGAUUCUCUUAAUAAACAUUUUUCUUGUCAAAAACAAAAGAGCAUGCAACUGUCUUCAAGAAAGUUUUGUUUUGUUUUUCUUAUGUUUCCAACAUUGAGUUUGGUGUAAAUGUAUAUAAGCUCUAUCAAAAUCCUCUGUAAUAUC